AUGUGGGAUAACACGUGGAAGCAAAGAAAAGGAAAACGUAAGCAGGAUUUAGGUUCCACGGCUUACCUUUUAGCUGAAACUAGUGGGCAACUUGAAAUUCUGGGCACUCUAGACAUGGAUCUGUUUAACUGGAAUCUAAUGUUCCAACCGACGAUUUUUUCCUUACCAAUUGUUGGUUUGUGGCCAAGGCACGAUUCAUACCAAAGCGAUUUAUACACGCUGUAUGCCGUAAUAUGCAUUUCGUUCUUCAUGUACACCAACACAUUCCUCCAAACAAUAAAUAUUUUUAUAGUUGAAAUGGAUCUGAAAGCUCUGGCUGCAACUAUCUUCGUUGGUGAGCACAUCGUUGCAGUUCUGAAAGUUUCAGGCUUGUUGCAGAAUUUGAAGGAAAUCAAGAACCUCAUGAAACAACUUAACAGUGAAUCUUUUCAACCGAAAAGCACAAGCCAGUUGAAAAUGGUGAAAGAAUAUUUACGUCUGUGGAGAAUAUUUUAUCUAACUUAUCAGUGGGGCGUUUUGGCGUUGGGAAUUUUUUGGCUGACUAAGCCAAUUUUAGAGAAGUCUUACAAGGAUUAUGAGUUGCCGUUUUUUGCUUGGUAUCCCGUUGAUGUUAAGACGUCGCCUUUUUACCAGAUUGUUUAUUUAUAUCAGUGUGUUGCGUUGUUUUAUAUUGCUCUUGCCCAUAUGCAACUUGAUCUGUUGUCGACUGGUUUGAUGGUAUAUAUAGGAAUCCAGUGUGAUAUUUUGUGCGACAAUGUGACACAUGUUACAUGCAUACCUGAUUUGGUGGAGUGUAUUAUUCAUCAUAAGAAAAUUUUGAGGGACUUUAAUGCUUUCAUAGGGAAUAUAAUUUUGGCGCAGUUUGUUAGCAGUGCUGUAUCUAUAGCUCUUGGUUUGUUUAAACUGGGCCUGACUGUGCCAGGAAGUGCGGAAUUUUAUACAAUAAUCACAUUUGCUUGGAUAAUGAUUUUAGAAUUAUUUUUAUAUUGUUGGUUUGGAAAUGAAGUAGAACUUAAGAGCAGUAACAUUCCUGCAGCUGCCUGUAAUUGCAACUGGAUUGGUAAAUCCAUAAAGUUGCAAAAAAUGGUGCUAUUUUUCGUAAUGCGAACUCAAAGGCAUAUGACCAUAAAUGCACACAAUUUGUUUUCACUAACACUACGCACUUACAUGGGAAUUAUGCGCAGUUCGUGGUCGUAUUUUGCUGUGUUACGGCAAAUGAAUGCCCCUCAAGUUUGA